AUGAGCCAUAGUCUUCUCCAGGCGAAUCUUUUUCAUCUUUCUUUUCUAUCAUUUUCUCUCUCAUUUUAUCAAUCUCUCACUUUCUGUUCUUCCUUCUCUCUAUCAGUUUCUCUUCAUCUCUAUAAUAUCAGUAAUUUUCUCUCUCAUUUUAUCAAUCUCUCACUUUCUGUUCUUCCUUCUCUCUAUCAGUUUCUCUUCAUCUCUAUAAUAUCAGUAAUUUUCUCUCUCUUCUGUUUCUUCGUUUUUUAUCUCUUUCAUUCUCUCUCUACCUUUCCUUUCUUCUUCUUAUUUUCUUUCUUAAUCAUUCUAUCUUUCUUUUUCUCUCCAUUUCUCUUUCUUUUCUAUCAUUUUCUUUCUUUCGUUGGCUCAUUCACAUUUCUCUUCUUAUCAUUCUUCCUCUAUGUGUGUCUCUCUUUUUUUCUCUUCUCUUUCUUUGUGUUUUUCUAUUCGUUUCUUUCCAAUUCUUCAUUCAUUUCUUUCCUCUUUUCUUUUUCUUUCUUUCCUUCUUUUCUCUUCCUAUUAACCUUUUUCUUUUCUUUCCUCUUCCCUUUCUUUCAUCUUCUUUUUCUUUCUCUUCCUCUUUCACUCCUUUUCCUUCAUUUAUUUUCUUUCCUUUUCCUUUCUCUCCCCUUUUCUCUUUCUCUCUGUAUCACCCUUUUGUUUUUUUUUUCUUCUUCCUUCACCUCUGACAGUAUAACCUAUCAUCCUCACUUUCUCUUUCAGAGUUUAAUUUCUACUUCUCACUCUCUUUCACGUGCUCUUCUCGCCACACCUCUUCUUUUUACAACCUUUCAGCUCUAG